GACAACGGUGACAACGAUGACAACGGUGACAACGGUGACAAAAGUGACAACGAUGACAACGGUGACAACGGUGACAACGGUGACAACGAUGACAACGGUGACAACGGUGACAACGGUGAAAAAAGUGAAAACGGUGACAACGGUGACAACGGUGACAACGAUGACAACGGUGACAACGGUGACAAAAGUGACAACGAUGACAACGGUGACAACGGUGACAACGGUGACAACGGUGACAAAAGUGACAACGAUGACAACGGUGACAACCGUGACAACAGUGACAACGAUGACAACAGUGACAACGGUGACAACCGUGACAACAGUGACAACGAUGACAACGGAGACAACAGUGACAGCGGUGACAACACCAACAGCAGUGACAACGGUGACAAUGGUGACAACAGUGACAACGGUGAAAACAGAGCCAACCGUGACAACAGUCACAACAGCUACAACGGUGACAACUUUCACAACAGUGGCAACAGUGCCAGCAGUGACAACGGUGACAACAGACGCAACAGUGAAAACGGUGACAACCGUGAUAACAGUGACAACAAUGACAACGGUAACAACAGUGACAACAGUGACAACGGUGACAACAGUGACAACGGUGACAACGGUGACAACAGUGACAACGGUGACAACCGUGACAACAGUGACAACGAUGACAACGGAGACAACAGUGACAGCGGUGACAACAGCAACAGCAAUGACAACGGUGACAAUGGUGACAACAGUGACAACGGUGAAAACAGAGCCAACCGUGACAACAGUCACAACAGCUACAACGGUGACAACUUUCACAACAGUGGCAACAGUGCCAACAGUGACAACGGUGACAACAGACGCAACAGUGAAAACGGUGACAACCGCGAUAACAGUGAAAACAGUGACAACUUUGACAACAGUGACAACAGUGACAAAGAUGACAACAGUGACAACAGUGACAACAAUGACAAAUGUGACAAAAGCGACAACAGUGAAGACGGUGACAACGGUGACCACAGUGACAACAGUGAAAACGGUGACAACGGUCACAACAGUGACAACGAUGACAACGGUGACAACAGUGACAACGGUGACAACGGUGACAACAGUGAGAACAGUGACAACAAAGACAACGGUGAAAAAAGUGACAACAGUGACAACGGUGACAACGAUGACAACAAUGAAAGCAGUGACAACAGUGAAAACGGUGACAACAGUGCCAACGGUGACAACACUGACAACGGUGACAACAGUGACAACGGUGACAACGGUUAAAAUGGUGACAACAGUGACAACGGUGACAACGGUGACAACGGUGAGAAAAGUCACAACAGUGACAACGAUGACAACAGUGACAAUGGUGACAACGCUGACACCAGUGACAACGGUGACAACGGUGACAACGGUGACAACGAUGACAACGGUGACAACGGUGACAAAAGUGACAACGGUGACAACGGUGACAAAAGCGACAACAGUGAAGACGGUGACAACGGUGACAACAGUGACAACAGUGAAAACGGUGACAACGAUGACAACGGUGACAACGGUGAAAACGGUGACAACCGAGACAACAGUGACAAAAGUGACAACAGUGACAACGGUGACAACGGUGACAACGCUGACAACGGUGACAACGGUGACAACGAUGACAACGGUGACAACGGUGACAACGGUGACAACGGUGACAACGAUGACACCGGUGACAACGGUGACAAAAGUGACAACGGUGACAACGGUGACAACGGUGACAACGAUGACAACGGUGACAACGGUGACAAAAGUGACAACGAUGACAACGGUGACAACGGUGACAACGGUGACAAAAGUGACAACCAUUACAACGGUGACAACGGUGACAACGGUGACAACGGUGACAACGGUGACAACGGUGACAACAGUGACAACGGUGACAACAGUGACAACACUGACAACGGUGACAACAGUGACAACAGUGACAACGGUGACAACGGUGACAACAAUGACAACGGUGACAACGGUGACAACAGUGACAACGGUGACAACGGUGACAACGGUGACAAAAGUGACAACGAUGACAACGGUGACAACGGUGACAAAAGUGACAACGAUGACAACGGUGACAACGGUGACGACGGUGACAACGGUGACAACGAUGACAACGGUGACAACGGUGACAAAAGUGAAAACGGUGACAACGGUGACAACGGUGACAACGAUGACAACGGUGACAACGGUGACAAAAGUGACAAGGAUGACAACGGUGACAACGGUGACAACGGUGACAAAAGUGACAACGAUGACAACGGUGACAACCGUGACAACAGUGACAACGAUGACAACAGUGACAACGGUGACAACAGUGACAACGAUGACAACGGAGACAACAGUGACAGCGGUGACAAC